GCUUUUAUUUUGAAGGAUUGUAGGUGGAAGUUUCAUUGUUUUUGCUGCUGGGGUCAAACUCACAGAGACUUUGUUGUUAAAGCUGAUUGAUCAACAGAGAAAUGAUGCUCGGUAUGUCCCACACCGACAUGUAGACAACUUUGAAGAGAUCAUCUCGGUAUUCAGAGCUGGAUUUGAAUGAAGGGGCGCAGGAACAUGACGCGUUGAUUCCUCACAUUCCUCCUGUCUGAGUGAACCGUCGGCUUAGUGUCUAUAAUCUGGCUGCAGAGUGCCUCCUGUGUCCUCUUCAGCCCUCCUGUAGUGCAGCUGUAUAUUUACAGGUGCAGCUCCGAUAUGACUAAGAGAAGCACGUCUCUGCAGCUUGUCAAAAGGAUGCUGAACCAUCACUGCAGAAGGAACCCUGAGCUUCAUGAGGAGCUACAGAUUCAGGCGGCGGUGGCAGCAGGGGACGUCUGCACCGUCCGGCGGAUGCUGGAGCAAGGGUACUCGCCUAAGAUCAGAGAUGCCAACGGCUGGACGCUCCUUCACUUCUCUGCUGCCAAAGGAAAAGAGAGAUGUGUGCGAGUCUUCCUGGAGCAUGGAGCCGACCCCACAGUAAAGGACUUCAUCGGAGGCUUCACAGCACUUCACUACGCUGCCAUGCACGGCAGAGCACGAAUCGCCCGGCUGAUGCUGGAAUCUGAGUUUCGCAGUGACAUUAUAAACGCUAAGAGCAACGACGGCUGGACGCCGCUGCAUGUGGCCGCCCACUACGGCCGAGACUCGUUUGUACGCCUCCUCCUCGAGUUCAGGGCCGAGGUGGACCCGCUGAGUGACAAAGGCACCACGCCGCUGCAGUUGGCCAUCAUCCGUGAGCGCUCCAGCUGUGUACGAAUCCUUCUGGAUCACAGCGCCAACAUUGACAUUCAAAACGGCUUCCUGCUGCGGUACGCCGUCAUCAAAGGCAAUCACUCUUACUGCCGCAUGUUUCUGCAGAGGGGAGCGGACACUAACCUGGGACGUCUUGAGGACGGUCAGACCCCUCUGCACCUGUCGGCCCUCAGGGAUGAUGUGUUGUGUGCCCAGAUGCUCUACAUGUACGGGGCUGACACCAAUACCAGGAACUAUGAGGGCCAGACACCGGUAGCUGUGUCUGUUAGCAUGUCGGAGAUCAGUCGGCCCUGUCUGGAUUUUCUACAGGAGGUCACCAGACAACCUCGGACUCUGCAAGACUUGUGCCGAAUAAAAAUUCGCAACUGCAUCGGCCUUCAGAGCCUGAAGUUCUUGGAGGAUCUACCGAUCGCGAAGGUUAUGAAAGACUAUUUAAAACACAAGUUCGACAACGUGUGAACGAGGAGAGGAGAGGCAGACUACAAACUCUCUGCUGUCAUUCACAAAGACUAUGCAAUAACUCUGCUCCCUGUCUGCAGGAAAGGUCCACAGGUCUGUGUACGUGCUGAAGUCCUCUUCGUUCAUCCAGUUUAGAACAUUAAAGAGUUUGCUGCUCAUGCUCUCGAUUUCAGCCUUCUUUGGGUUAAGAACAGCUGCUAAAGGAACAACAGUAGAUCUUCCUCCUGUGUGCAGUCUGUGGGAGAAAGGACAACGUCAGUUCACUGCAGAAAGCAUUGUUAUGAAAUGUGCAUGAUGAUAUAGAUGCCUGGUCAGGUUGUGUAUUUUAACACCUCUCACUCCCUGAUUUUGUUUCAAUGAUUCAACAGUAAUGUUAAAACAGUGCAAUCAUUAACAUCACAGUUUGUUUAGUGACUUAUAACCAGAGAGCACUCACGCUGUACUCAGUGCUCACUGGUUUUGAGUUAAACUGGGCUGGUCUGACCUGCAGGAGAGUGCAAUGUGAAAUCAGUUUGGUACAGAUUCCACUCUCUGAAAUGUCUUCCCUCUGAUGAAUUCACAAAAUCCUCUUUCAGUAUCAAACUGACGGGAUGUUUAGUGCUGCAACAUAGAGCUGUAACAAAUUCAAGGUGUGUUUCUGACAUAGAAUAACUCAGCAGAUUGACUUCACUCUGUGGGAGGUGAAACCCAGGAUCUUAAACCUGGGACCUGUUCUUUUUUAGUUUCAUUAAACAAACGUUUAUAAGCUGAAACAAUCUGCUGGAGCAAUGCCAAACAUGCUGUAGAUCAGCGUUCAGGACGAAUGCACCCUGAGUUUCUCUUCAACACGUCACAGUUACACGACUAUACAGACGAGGGCAGCAGUAAAACAGGAACUCCUUGUUUGUUUAUUUAAUUUUUGUUUUUGUCAACACAGCGAUGGCUAUGAAAAGAGCGAGUUUAAAAAAAAUCAUCUUCCUUUUAAAGGUACUGUAAGGAUUUUUGAACUUAUAUUGAAAUAGUCUCACUCUCAUGCCUCGGAUGUAGCUACAAAUCAAUACAUUACCUCAUCACUCAAUCCUGAUAAAAGAUGUCUUGAACAAAAAAAUCUGGAUUAAAUAGAAGAUCUGUUAAUGAAUUUAAUUCAGCAACAAAGGGGGCUACUGCUCAUGGGAAAUACAGCCUUCAUCCCUGGAAACACUACUGACUUCAUCCAGAGGGGGCGCCUAAAUCAACACAACAACAAAAACUCCUUACAGUGCCUUUAAUAAAAAGCUCUCUCUGUGUCUGUAUGGAUCCUUCCUGUAAUGUCAGAGUGUCAGUCUGAGCCUGUCAGGGACCAAAACCGGAGCAUUAAGUGGACGUUGAUGGAGCACAUUUGUUCCAAAGGAUGUUUUAUGUACCCAUCAGUCAUCUAGACCCAACUUAAAGAAAUGUCAGAAGAGAGCUGAGGUUUAAAAACACCAGAUUCUCUCUUGGCGUGUUUCUCUCUGAUGUACAAACUCACCUCACAGAAAACCUGUAUCUCAUGCUGCAGAUGGUUGUGGAACUCUAAAUGAAGCUGUUGUGCUGUAGUCGACUUGAAAGCAGGUUUCUGUUCUCUUUCUCCUCCAUGUGUUGAACAUUUGAGUCUGGAGUGAGUGUUUGAAGCAGCCAUCAGAAUGGUAAAGUCUGUACUGGAUAACACUUCCACACAAUCAGUAGACGCUACAGUCAGUGUAAAUAUGUUACAUGUACAACAGAUAUUUUUGUAGAAUUUAUUUAAGCAAUGACCUCUGGUAUUCUUAAUGUAUUUAAAGUUUGGACAGUGUUGUGAUCUGUGUGGUGUGACCUGACUGUUUCUUUUCUGUGUGUCUGAGUUGAAACGCUCUCUUGUACAAAAAUAAUUUGGAAUCAAGUGUUCUCUCAUUUUUAAGGCAGAAAUGUUGGGUGCUUUCUUAAAAUUCAUCAUCUCCUGCAGGUAACUGUGGUGGAGAUAAUACUGUGAAUUUUUAAUUUUGAACAUUAAAAAUAAAAUGUAGACUUUGGGGUUUAAACGCUGCCUGCA